AUGGCCGCAACAGACCCCACGUACCCACUGUACCCUCUAGUGUGUCUAGUUGGUGCGAUACUUCUCUUGCUUGUCUUUAUUUCUGGCUUCCUGCGCCAGAGCUGGAACCUGGGUGUCACCUUCUUAUGCUUCUGGCUCUUCUUCGAGAACUUGACGUAUGCCGCCAAUACCAUCAUCUGGUCAGACAAUGCCGACGUCAAACUAUACAUCUACUGCGAUAUCGUGUCACAUCUGCAGCUCGUCGCCUUCGUGGUGAAACCUAUGUCAACGCUAAUCAUCAUGCGCCGGUUAUACUUGAUCGCCAGUCUACGGAUCCUAGAAUCUCCAAGUAAAAUAGAGAGGCAGCUGGACAGACUCAAAGAGUGGACCCUCGGUCUCAUCAUGCCCAUCUUGUAUGCGGUACCGCUCUAUUAUGUUCUACAAAGACGACGCUUCAUCGUCCUUGAAGCUCAGGGGUGCACGAAUGCAAUGGUACCAUCUGUACUGUAUCUCCUACUUCGCUCCGGCUUCAUUCUGCUUCCACCGGCCAUGUCACUUGUACUCUACCAAACACGACUAGCGCUCAUCCUUUACCGUCAGCGUAGAGAGGUCAGCGCAUUCUUGCAAAGCAACGCUGUGAUCUCCGAAGCGAUCUACAUGCGCGUCUUGGCCGUCGCCACCGUGGACGUGAUCGUAUCCUUGAUCGGCAGUACCGUGAGGUUUGCUCUCGACGUCCAGGCCUACGUGAUCUCCGGGCACAUCGUUUUCUACCAAGGGUGGGACUAUGUACAUAGCGAACCUUGGGGUCCCGUAGGCGUAUCAUGGGAAGAUUGGAACUCCGACACCCCAAUGGCCGUAGCAUCGGAUAUCUACACCGAGUGGAUGUCGCCCAUCAUAUGUUUCGCCAUCUUCGGAUGCUUUGGUCUAACGCCGGGCGCCCGUGCAGCGUAUCAACACGCACUCUGCACCGCCGCAGGAUGGUUCGGGUUGAAGGCAGUCUGGCCCGGUCGACUCCGCUGUACAACCUUAAGCUCGGCGCUGAGUUCACUUCGUUUCAACUGCAACGUCGGCCAGCCUCAGGAUGUUUCGCUCGCAAGUUGUGAGCUUGGUCCUACGCUGGAUGUUGUCGAUACUGCACCACCUUCCGUAGACGCGGGAGCGGAAGGCAAGGAACAGGCUGAAGACACGGCAUCGCGUGAACUGGACGAGCGCAAGGACUCUAGAUCCCUUUACUCUAGUGAGAGCGGGGAUCUGAAGCGAGGACGACGUAGCAUGGAGACAGCCGUGACUGGCGAGACGAAGGUAUUUCCAGCAGCCGAUCUGGUUUAA